AUGAGGUAUACUGCCACCUUCACGGGCGUACUGGCUGUCGCUGGUGUCAGCGCGUGGUCAGUAUCCACUCCUUUCCACAUCGAGGGCAACGAGGUGGUUGAACACCUCCAUACUGUGCCCGAGGGAUGGAGAGAGGUCGGUGCUCCAGCCCCUGAGCAUAAGCUGCAUUUCCGCAUUGCAGUGCGAUCGGCCAAUCGCGACCUGUUUGAAAGGACGCUCAUGGAGGUUUCAACUCCUAGCCACCCUCGCUAUGGUCAGCACCUAAAGCGAGACGAACUGAAAGAUCUCAUCAAACCAAGAGCCGACUCGACUGCGAGUGUGCUUACUUGGCUCGAGCAAUACGGUAUCGAAGCGCGAGAUAUCGAGAAUAAGGGAGAGUGGAUCAACUUUCUCGCACCCGUGAAGCGCGCCGAGCAGAUGAUGGGUACCACGUUCAAGACCUACCAGAGUCAAGCGCGUCCUGCACUCAAGAGAACUCGCUCAUUGGGGUACUCUGUACCCCUCGAGGUCCGUAGUCAUAUUGAUAUGAUCCAGCCCACUACUCGCUUCGGUGAGAUCCGCCCAGAGUUUAGCCAGGUUCUAACGCAAGACGUCGCUCCUGUCUCGGCACUUGCUGUCAAUGCCACAUGCAACUCGAGGAUCACGCCCGAUUGUCUCGCAGAUUUGUACAACUUCAAGGACUACGAUGUCAGUGACAAGGCCAAUGUGACAAUUGGAGUGAGCGGCUUCCUCGAGCAGUAUGCUCGGUUCAAUGAUCUCGACCUGUUCAUCCAAAGAUUUGCUCCCAGUCUUGCGGGUAAAACUUUCGAAGUUCAAUCUGUAAAUGACGGACCGUUCCCCCAGAACUCAACGGCCAACAGCGUGGAGGCUAAUCUCGACAUCCAGUACACAGCAGGUUUGGUGUCGCCCAAGAUCUCGACCACCUUCUUCACUGUUCCAGGACGAGGACUUUUGGUCCCUGACCUUGAUCAACCUGAUGAAGAUGAAAACAGCAAUGAGCCCUAUCUAGAUCUCUUUACCUAUCUCGUUGGGCUUGAGGAUGAGGAGUUGCCUCAAGUACUAACGACAUCGUACGGUGAGACAGAGCAGAGCGUUCCUGCGGAGUACGCCAAGAAGGUUUGUGAUUUGAUCGGCCAGCUUGGUACUCGUGGUGUCUCAGUUAUCUUCUCCAGCGGUGACACUGGUCCAGGAUCUGCCUGCCAGAGCAAUGACGGCAAGAACGCUACCCGUCUCCAGCCAAUCUUCCCAGCUUCAUGCCCUUACGUUACUUCGGUUGGUGGUACUUUCGGAGUGGAACCAGAACGUGCUGUUGCGUUCUCUUCCGGUGGCUUCUCUGAUCUCUGGCCACGCCCGUCGUACCAAGAGAAGGCAGUUUCUGACUACCUUGGUAAACUGGGCUCGCAGUGGGAAGGUUUAUACAACACCAACGGACGAGGCUUCCCAGAUGUCGCAGCUCAAGGUCAAGGAUUCCAGGUUAUCGAUAAGCUUCGUCUGUCAUCUGUUGGAGGAACCAGCGCUUCAGCGCCUGUCUUCGCUUCAGUCAUUGGACUUCUGAACAACGCUCGUUUAGCAGCUGGUAUGCCUUCGUUGGGCUUUUUGAACCCUUGGAUUUACGAGCAAGGCUACAAGGGCAUGAACGAUAUUGUCGAGGGAGGCUCGCGUGGAUGCACUGGUCGUUCCAUUUAUUCCGGGCUUCCCACGCGACUUGUGCCUUACGCUUCCUGGAAUGCGACCGAAGGCUGGGAUCCUGUCACCGGCUACGGUACGCCCGACUUUGAGCAGAUGCUUCGCCUGGCAACUGCGCCACAAUAUGGUGUACGUCGCGUUCGCCGUGGUGCUCUCCGUGGAGAGGCUUGA